AUGUGGUACUUGUUUUUUUCGGUAGUUACUGUUACUAUUGUUUUGGCUGCAGCGAUUGGCAUUCCAAUUGUGCUAUCAUCAUCGCGAACUAUAACUACAACAACAACAGCAACGACAACAACAACAACGCCUAGGGUAUGGGUAACUACAGGCAGCUUAAGCACUUCACGAGAAUCUCACACAGCAUCCGUAUUAAAUAGUGGAAAAGUAUUAGUUACUGGAGGAUAUAAUGGUGCUUUUUUAACUACUACUGAAUUAUAUGAUCCAGCAACGGGAAAUUGGACGAUUGUUGGUGCUUUGACCACAGGACGAAAUUCACAUACCGCAUCCAUAUUGAAAAAUGGUAGUGUUUUAGUAGCUGGUGGUAACGACGGUAGUGCUCUAAAUAGUGCUGAAAUAUAUAAUCCAAUGACAAAUACUUGGACAAUCACAGGAAAUCUGAAUGAUGCACGCGCUGGUCCAGUAUCAGUCACAUUAACAAAUGAGAAAGUAUUGAUUUUAGGUGGAAAUGCUAAUAGUGGUUAUUUGAAUACUGCUGAAUUGUAUAAUCCAUCAACUGGUAUUUGGACACGUACAGGAUGCAUGAAUAAUGCACGCACUAAUCCAACAGCUGUAUUAUUAACAAAUGGUAAAGUAUUAGCUUUAGGCGGCUAUGAUGGUAGUUAUUUAAAUACUGCUGAAUUAUAUGAUCCAUCAACUGGUAAUUGGACAACUACUGGUAGUAUGAAUGUUGCACGGGAUUCUCCUGCAGUGUGUAUAUUAACAGAUGGAAGAGUAUUAGCUACGGGUGGAGAGACUAAUGGUGGUGUUAUUUUAAAUAGUGCUGAAUUGUAUGAUCCAUCAACUGGUACUUGGACAACUACCGAUAAUAUGAGCAUAUCCCGAAAAGGGCCUACAGCAUCUCUACUAACAAAUGGAACAGUAUUAGUCGUUGGUGGAUAUAGUGGUAACACUUAUUUCAAUACUACUGAAUUGUAUAGUCCAUCAACAGGACUUUGGACAGCUGGUCCUAGUAUGCAUACAGCACGCGGAUAUUACGCAGCAUCCACACUAUUAGAUGGAACUGUGAUAGUUAGUGGGGGAACAAAUGGUGGUAGUAUUGUAAAUAGUGUAGAACUUUAUUAG